GUGGGGGGUCGUGGGAAUACUCAAGUUCAAGUUGUUCUAGAACGUCUCCCACUAGGUCGAGAUCGCGCAAAUUGGCUGCUCAGCGCUCGGGCCUCAGGACUCAGUAUUCAGUAUCGACUUCGGCCUAUUUCAUAUAAUACGGGAUGCUAAUGUCGACGAUCUGUUCUUCUGAAAAUCAAGAUAAGAUGGAGCUGAACAAGGACGUACAUUUUCUCGGUACCAUCGGCGGUGUCGUUGUGGCGAAAGCUCAGCUCAUCAAGGCUGUAUACGAUUGUGUUCAUGGAUUCAUAGGAGCCUGGUCGACUCAUCGAGCGACGCCCUGCUGCAGAUUUACAUCAUGGAAUUGGCGUAAACAAUGCGUUUCGCUGCUGCACAACAGGGGUUUUCAUAGGUUUUCAUAUGGAGCUUUAUAAAAACUAUCCGUGCUCCGAGAGCCAAUCGCGUACACAUUCACGACUUAGGAUCGAAGACAGCCCGCGUUUUAAUUCAAUCAAC